AAAGAGAUGAGGUGCUGUCGACGACGCCAAACCAAUAAAGCGCGAGGGAGAGGGCGAACGAAUUGCUGCAAUCUCUCUAUUUCUCUCUCUAAACCCUAAUUUCUGGAUAGAGAAGGUGUAGAUAUAUACGUACAUACAUAUAUUCAAGGAGGAGUCUAUAGGUUUUGUAUCGUUAGUGUAGGAUCGAUUUGUCGAUCUCUCAAUUUCGUAGAGAGAAAGGCCCUCUGUGUUGUUGGAUCGAGGACAAUCUGGUGAUUCGAAGACAGAGGUGAAUUGGAUUGUUCGUUUCCAAAUCCGACUCGGAUUUUUUGUGAUUGAGAAGAACAGGGGGGAUUGGAUUGUGAUUGUAUCGCUGCAUGAACGGUGCGGAGGGAGAGGAAGCGAAUCGAUCGCUCAGAGAGUAGGUUUCAGAUAAAAACUGAGCAGCACUGCACAACAUGUCUGCCAUAGUGUGCGGUAAGAGAUCAUCCUUCUUCGAAGACCUCCCCUCCUCCCCGCCUGUUUCCAAGAGAAUUCGCUGCUCUUCUUCAUCGCCGGUCCGGUUCUCGCCUCCAAGGCCCGUCCCAAGCUCUCCUUCCGCAUCUCAUCAAUCUCCGUUCAAUUUCUCUUCCGCUGCCCUCGAUCACCUUACAGCUCUCUUUCCUGGCAUGGACAAACAGCUUCUUGAGAGGGCACUUGAAGAAUGUGGUAAUGAUCUUGAUUUGGCUAUCAGAAGUCUAAAUGAGCUACAAUUGGGAUCUACCAAGAAGUUGGGCUCCGUUGCAAGAAACUGUGAUGUUACAGAGGGAGAAAAUGUGCAGUCACAAGGUUCAGGUGUGAUGAACGCCAAUGUUGAGGUUCCAUCAACAAUGCAGAACCCCCCCACCAUGGAUGGUGCAGACUGGGUGGAGAUAUUUGUUAGAGAAAUGAUGCAUGCUUCAAAUAUGGAUGAUGCUAGGGCCCGUGCAUCCAGAGCACUCGAGGUCUUUGAGAAGUCAGUGAGUGCUCAUUCAACUUCAGAGACAGCCCAGACCCUCCAACAGGAGAACAUUAUGCUGAAGAAGCAACUAGAAGCACUGAUUCAUGAGAACACUGUUCUUAAGCGAGCAGUUGCUAUUCAGCAUGAGCGCCAGAAAGAGUUUGAGGAUAGGAAUCAGGAGUUACAUCAACUGAAGCAGCUAGUGUCUCAGUACCAGGAACAGCUAAGAACUCUCGAGGUCAACAACUAUACUCUGAUGAUGCACCUGAAGCAAGCUCAGCAAAGCAACUCCAUCCCAGGCCGAUUCCAUCCCGAUGUCUUCUAGUUUGCGAAAAGAUUUAUGUAUCUGGUGCAAAAGCAUGGGUGACAUGCUAUUGCUCUAUAACAGCAGCGAAAUCUUAAAGACGUGUUCUGUUUGAAUCUUAUAGGGUGUCAUGCAAUCACUCCUUAUAAUUUCAAAGAAUAAGGUAUAUUUAGAAAUUUAUGAGUCCGUACUCUCUGUCAGUUUGGUCCUUCACAACACAAAAUUGAGACUUGUAGUUGCAAAUGUUCUCGGCGUGAUUUUGCUGCUACGGGCUCACAGUAAGUAGCCGUGAAACCUUGUCAUCAAAAUUUCAGAACUAGAUGCAGGUAUUUAUGAAUCUUUUAUGUAUGUCAUAGUUGGUUUCCAUUGCGUGCCGAUCCUCUCUCUCUUAACGUCAUAAUAAUUGUUGACGCUUUUGUGGUGGCUGACGUUAUUCUCUUCUGGAAAUUAUGGGUUAUCCAUUACUCGGCCUAGUGUACAGCCGUACCAUGCCAAUGCCUUUGUCACACAAAAAGGAUUUUCAAUUUUCGUGGUGGUCCAGUGCUUGUUCAGCCCUCUUGUUCUCGUGAACCUCUUCACCUUCUUGGUGGUGGGACGCGCAGUGGAUGCAAAUGGUGCGGGGUGAACCUCUCAAGUGCACUUGGUGGUCCUCUACAUAUUCAAUGCAAUCGUAACAUAUUAUGUUAUUGUAUUAAUAUGGUAUAACAGUUGAAUACGUAUUUUGUCAUGCACUUGGCUUAUAUAUAUUUUGAAUAUAUAUCUGUGGGUUUGUUUC